CGGAAAAAUUUUGAAAGGUCAAAUUCAAUUUUAUUAACGGUCAAGAUCGGUGCAAUUUAAGAUUGGUAGAGGUACUUUUGUCAUCGUAUAAUGCUGUUUAUUAAAAGUGUUAUAUUAAUUGUAUUAUAAAUUUAAUACUGAUCGAUGUGUUAAUUAUUGUGGGCAUUUGUAAGCUUUUCAAAAAGUGUCAGUUAAACGUAAAAACCUAGAUGGAUUCUCAUGAUUCAAAUGGUAAAGGUACCCCAUCCGAAGAUAUUCAUAAUAUACUUAGAGAUACUGUGCAACCUAAAUUUAGUCAAAGUAACUAUUGCUGUGAUAGUCCUUUUAAAUGGCUUCCCCACGUUUCAACUCCUCCAUCAAGAUUUUUUAAAAUAAAAAAUCCGUUUGAGACACACUUAACAGAAAGGCUGCAUACAACUGUAUUUAGCCCAUCAGUUUUUAAUAAAGAACCAAGUCCCAAGAUUGAUACAUUUAAAUGGACAAUUGAGGAAAUCUCUAAUUUAAAACCUGCUGAUAUUGAUGAAACUACAAUCAACCAAUUUUCACCAGAAAUGGAUCCAAUACUUGAAGAAACUGCUCAAUCGAAAAUAGAAAAGUUUUUUAGUAAAAAAGAAAUUGUUCCUAGUCCAAUGGAUAACAUUGUGAAGACUGAACCAUUGAUCUCUGAAGAUGCUAGUCCCCCAACAGUAGAAGAAACUAAACAAUUUGUAAAUGGAGCAUCCCAAACUGUGCUAACGCUACCACCGAUUCUGCCAGCUUCAGUAGAAACUGCACUAAAACCGUACUUCUCAUACACUAUUGACCAACAAGAGAAUGCAAACUUUAUGCUUUAUAAACAAUUAUUUGAAUAUAAUGAACAUGAAAAUAUCCAAAGCCCUUCACAAAGCAUUCAGAGCUCUCCUGCUCCAUCUUGUCAAAUGUCUCCCAUACAGUUUUCACCCUAUGAAAAGAAUCAGACAAGAGAAGGCUUGUUUAGAAGGUGUGAAAGUUUAGAACAUAUAUCUCCAUUAAGAGAUUGUGACCUUUCUCCUAUUUCAUCAAGUCCAAAUAAUAAAGAAGUCACAAGGGGGCAGUCCCGUUCUUUACAUUCUAACAAUUAUUCAUGUCAUAUGAGUGUGGACACUUCCAUCAACUUAGUCCCAGACACGGCAGAUGAACUACCACCAAAUCAGAGUCUGGCUUUUGAGAGUGCCCAUUCGUUUUUUAACAAUGAAGUUCUAAGUGAUUCUACAGUUAACUGGGACAUGGAAUACAAACAUGUUUCUUUAGAGUCUCUUACAAAGAGUCCUGUGAGAGGUAGUGACAGAAUGGACGUUUCUAAUACCAACACGCCAAGAUCAAAGAUUUUCACUAGUCAGAGAAAGAAGCUCUCGGAAAGUUUCCUUCUGACUGAACUCACCGGUGAAAACGAAGAAAAUAAAGAAAACGUUUUUUACGAAAUUAAGGCUGCCACAAGUACCAGAAGUUGCUCGAUUACUACCAAAACUUCUCUGUUUAGUCGUGACAUCACAGAUGCGGGCUAUCAUACGGGUCUUCAUACUAUGUCGGAGGAGGGCUCUUGGAAUUGCUCUUCAGCUCUUUUCGCGUCUACUCCCACCAAAAAUAAACACUGAUAUAAUAAAGGUACUACAUACUAUAAAUUUUUUACAAAAGGGGACCGUUUAGCUAUUGACAUCAUAAUGUCUUAUUUUUUUUUACUUCAUAUUAAUUAUUCGAGAUUAUCUUAUUAAUAAUAGAUAUAAUAAUUAUUAAAUUGUAAAUGUAAACAAAAUGGUGGGUGUGCGAUUUUAGUAUAAUUUUUUUGUUUAAUUCUUUGGUACUUCACCAGCAACUAUUUUAUAAAGACUGUAAAUACGUGCCAAAGAAUUUGGGAUUUUUAGCUGCCAAUAUUUUAUACUUUCUUACAUUUCAACUUCUAAUACUAUUAUUUGCUCAUAAUGACUGUUGUGCAGUUUGAUCUGAAUCAUAACUGUAUUGUGUGUAAUUGUUUAUUCAAAAUAACAGGAAUUUUGGUGGUCUUUGAGAUUUUACUCUUGACGUUUCGCCUACAACUGCGGCAGGCAUUUUUAAAAGAUCUAUCGUUGCUGGAACCAACUAAAUCAUUCAACAUCUACCGCAAUUUAGACGAAACGUUAGGAGUAAAAUCUUAAAGAUCAUAGUCAAUAAAUCUGGAAAAUUCUUGUAAUACACUGAAGACGCCGGUCGUGAAAGCCUACGUUCACUUCUUUGUUUAUUAAUUGUAUACGUACAUUUAAUAGGUUACUAGGGCGUUUUGAUCAGUUUUGUCUCGCAUAACACAUGAUGCAUAUCAUUUCGAUAGAAGUUCUGUUGUUAUUGUUUGUAAAUUUAACAAAUGUAUUUACUAUUUUUUUAUCAGAUAAUUAUUAUUUUGAUUGAGUAAUAUUCUGCAAAAAUUAAUUAUGUUCAAUAAAUUAUUACUCUUUAAAUUUAAAAAGACUCCAUACAUGAAAUACGUAAUUAUUAUACAAUUCAAUUUUUUAUCUAAUGUAUCUAAGUUUUGUAUAUUAUUAAUUAGCUUUUAGUACUUGAACGCUUUUAAAAUGUUUAUUUUACCAGCUAAAUUACUGCCAAUUUUAGUCUCAAUUUUGUAGUUAUAGAUGAUAAAUAUUAUUUAAUUAUAAUGUCCCUUGAAGUAUUUGUGCAAUUUAAUAAACUAUGCAUCUCA